AUGGAGGCCAGAGACAAGCAAGUGCUUCGCUCCCUUCGCCUGGAGCUGGGUGCAGAGGUGCUGGUGGAGGGACUGGUUCUUCAGUAUCUUUACCAGGAAGGGGUCUUGACGGAAAACCAUGUUCAAGAAAUCAAAGCUCAAACCACAGGCCUCCGGAAAACAAUGCUGCUGCUGGACAUCCUACCUUCCAGAGGUCCUAAAGCAUUUGAUGCAUUCCUCGAUUCCCUCCAGGAGUUUCCCUGGGUCAGGGAGAAGCUGGAGAAGGCGAGAGAAGAAGCCAUACCUGAGCUGCAUGCAGGUAACCAGGUAACUGGAAUCCCUCCACACAUCCUCAACAGCUCCCCGUCAGACCGGCAGAUUAACCAGCUGGCCCAGAGGCUGGGCCCCGAGUGGGAGCCCAUGGUGCUGUCUCUGGGACUGUCCCAGACAGAUAUCUACCGCUGUAAGGCCAACCACCCCUACAACGUGCAGUCACAGAUGGUGGAGGCCUUUGUCCGCUGGAGGCAGCGCUAUGGGAAGCAGGCCACCUUCCAGAGCUUGCAAAGGGGCCUCCAGGCUGUGGAGGGGGACCUCUCAGUACUCCAGCACAUGCUGGAAUGA